AAUUCAUUGUAUAAAUCCCAUCAAGUUUCAGACUUUCUUUGAUUUUUCACCACCCUUUUGAUUAUUUAGCAUACCCAUGUUGUCAUCUGAAUAAUUUACAGAAUAUUUUCUUUUCUCCACCACCAAAAUGAAACAACCCAGAUUCAUAUUUUCAUCAUUUUUCUUCCUCUUGGUGGUGGUAGAUUUUGUAAUUCUACCCAUCAAUGCAGAGUCAAAGUGUAGUGAGAGUUGUGGCUUAGCUUUAGCUUCCUACUAUCUUUGGGAUAAUUCUAACCUCACAUAUAUUGCAACUGUUAUGAAAUCAGAGUAUGUUACAAGGUCACAAGGUGAAGAUAUUGUGAGCUACAACAAUGGCACCAUAAAAAGCAAAGACUCAGUCACAUCCUCCACCAGAAUCAAUGUUCCAUUCCCUUGUGAAUGCAUCAAUGGUGAGUUUCUUGGCCAUGUAUUUCAAUACUCAGUUUUGAGCAGUGACACCUACGAUACCAUUGCAAAUUGGAGCUAUUCAAACUUGGUCACUGCUGAGUGGUUGCAGAAUACUAAUACUUAUUCACCAAAUAAUAUUCCUUAUCCUGCAACUGUUAAUGUCACUGUUAACUGUUCCUGUGGGAAUGGUGAUGUUAGCAAGGAUUAUGGGUUGUUCAUCACUUACCCUCUUAGGCAUGAGGAUUCUUUGGAGUCAAUUGCAAACAAGACAAAGAUUGAUGCUAAGUUGCUGCAGGGAUAUAACCCUGGUGUGAAUUUCAGCAAAGGGAGUGGUCUGGUUUAUAUUCCUGGGAAAGACGAAAAUGGCAACUAUGUGCCCUUUAAACUAAGCCAUGGAGGUUUGACUAUCUCGCACAGCUGUCUAUCCGGUGGCGUUAUUGGUGGAAUAUCUGUUGGAAUAGUAGCAGCACUUCUGUUAUUGGUAUUUUGUGUUUAUGUUAAAUGUUACAGAAGAAAGAAGAUGUGGAACAAAAAAUUGGUAGCUAAAGAUUCCAGCGAGAACUUUGUUCGCCAAGGCGAAACCUCUCAUAAUGCUGAAAACAGAACUUCAGCUUCUGAUGAUACUAGUAUUAUAGGUGUCAAGGUAGAAAAAUCAGCAGAGUUUUCGUAUGAAGAACUAGCCAAUGCCACAAAUAACUUCAGUUUGGCUAAAAAGAUUGGUCAAGGUGGUUUUGGUGAAGUCUAUUAUGGAGAGCUCAAUGGCGAGAGAGCUGCAAUUAAGAAGAUGGACAUGAAAGCAUCAAAAGAAUUUCUCGCGGAACUGAAAGUGUUGACGCGUGUUCAUCACUUAAACUUGGUACGCUUGAUUGGAUAUUGUGUCGAGGGCUCUCUUUUCCUUGUGUAUGAAUAUAUUGAAAAUGGAAACUUAAGCCAACAUCUGCGAAAUUCAGAUAGUGAGCCUUUGCCAUGGUCUACCCGGGUUCAAAUUGCUCUGGACUCGGCCAGAGGACUUGAAUACAUUCAUGAGCAUACGAUGCCUGUAUAUAUCCAUCGCGAUGUAAAGUCGGAAAAUAUUUUAUUAGACAGAAACUUCCGUGGAAAGGUUGCGGACUUUGGACUGACCAAGCUGAUUGAUGUUGGAAAUUCAUCAGCUCCAACUGCUAAUAUGGCCGGCACAUUCGGCUACAUGCCACCAGAAUAUGUAUAUGGAAGUGUUUCUCCCAAAAUAGAUGUAUAUGCUUUCGGAGUUGUUCUUUAUGAGCUUAUUUCUGCAAAAGAAGCUCUGAUGAGGAGUGGUGGUGCAUCUGGUGCUGAAUUGAAGGGCCUUGUGGCUUUGUUUGAGGAAGCUUUUAACCAGCCAGACCCCAAAGAAGGUCUUAAACAAAUGGUGGAUCCUAGGCUUGGAGAUAACUAUUCAAUUGAAUCAGUUUAUAAGAUGGCACAACUUGCCAGGGCAUGUACAGAGGGAGAUCCGCAGCGGCGGCCGAAGAUGAGAUCGGUGGUGGUUGCUCUUAUGACACUAAGUUCAACCACUGAGAAUUGGGACAUUGCUUCCUUUUAUGAAAAUCCAGCUCUUGUAAAUCUUAUGUCUGGUAGAUAGGAGUAACAUGCAGGACAGAAAUGUAACAUUUUAAUUAUUUUUGUUGCAAAAAGCUAAAACUAAUUUGGAAAUAAACACUCAUAUUGCUGCAUUUCAAAUGUAUAUAAAACUAGAUUUAAACU